AUGGGAGUCAAACGGCGGUUGGCAGCUUCGGCACGGGUGAAGAAGAGCCGGAAAGGGGGCGAGACGAGGUCGUGUAUCGUGUGCGGUGGCGGUGGCGUGUUCGAAUACCGGCCUGACUUGCGAUUCGCCCCGUCCGAGUUGCCACCUGAGUUACUGUCCACCCUCGCCACACCCACACAGUACUACUGCCCGCUGUGUCAGCCGGAUGCACACGGGAUAAAACGCGAACAUGGUGGGGGUCCUAACGCUCUGCCUGCGGGUGCUAUGAAGUCCAAGAGUGCGUGUCUGUUUGCCACACUCGUCAACUCAGGAAUCGAUCCCUACGUGGCACUCGACGUCCAGGACUCAGCCACUGGCACACUCGAUAGCAUCAGCGCCGCGGAAGCCAUCAUGACCGAACGAGCAAACACGGCUUUGUUGGUACCGGAAUUCGGACAACCUGAGAAACCUGAAAGGGAGCCCACUGCCAUGUUGGAGACUAUCACUAGCCUCAAUACGUUACCGAUAGUUAGAGAGGCAUGCAAAGACGUGCGCACAGCUGCGUGGUUGAAACUCGCUUUUCAAGCUACUCAGUGGUAUCCGGACGGCUCGAAGGUGUACGAGAGUAUGGUUCGAGACGAGCUUGGCAAGCUCUCGUCGGUUGCUGAGGUGGUAGAGUACCUGGAAGACGAAGGGCGGCUUCUGGAACAAGGACUGCUCCUGGACACUUACCACUCCAGCCUCGCUUGUCCACCGGUGUUGUUGCGGGGCGGUACUGCACAGGGAGAGACCGCAGAGGAUGAAGAAGUGACGGAAUUCAUUAUCACAACGUCAGAACCCAACGGUGUGAUUACGUUAGAUGACUCGACUCUGUGA